UGCAUAUACCUACACAACUAAUAAAAAAGAAAUUAGAACCUAGAUGGAGAAAAAAUCAACCAACGAAAGAAGGUAGAAAAGCCUCUCCAUUUUCUCUUGGUGCAGUUGAAGAUUUUGAAUAUUAGAACUCUCUUUAUUUUAAUUUACAUUCUCUCUUGAAAAGUCCAAAACCCCAUUUUCCAUUUCCACCUUACCACACACUAUCUCUCUCGAUCCUUCUUACCUAACACUCUCAUAUUCCCACCAAGUGCAUCACCAUAUAUAUAAAUAUACACUAGUAUCAUAUCAUAUCGAUUCAUUGAUUGAAGAAAGAAGAAGAAUGACAUUCAUGAAAGGAAUAUGGAAAUCAAUGUUGCCGGGAUGUUACAAAGGAGAGUACCCAUCAAGAAAGCCGAAGAGAGUGGUUUCGACGAAGCCAAUAUGUUCGCAGAGGAUAUCAGUGAGUGACUUGAGCUUCCCAAGCACAACAUUCUCGGAGGAUCUGUCGAUGUCGCUGGCGGGAACAAACCUGCAUGUCUUCACGCUGGCUGAGCUCAAGCUCAUCACUCAGCAUUUCUCGUCCAGUAACUUCCUUGGCGAAGGCGGGUUCGGACCGGUUCACAAGGGCUUCAUUGAUGAUAAGCUUAGGCAUGGCCUUAAGCCUCAGCCUGUUGCUGUUAAGCUCUUGGACUUGGAUGGCUCCCAAGGCCAUAAAGAGUGGUUGACUGAAGUGGUUUUCCUGGGUCAACUAAGGCAUCCACACCUUGUGAAGCUGAUUGGAUAUUGCUGUGAAGAAGAUCAUAGGCUUUUGGUAUAUGAAUACUUACCAAGAGGCAGCUUAGAAAAUCAACUAUUUAGAAGAUUCUCAGCAUCAUUGCCCUGGUCAACAAGAAUGAAAAUUGCUGUUGGAGCUGCAAAGGGUUUAACCUUUCUCCAUGAGGCAGAGAAGCAAGUCAUCUAUAGAGAUUUCAAAGCUUCAAACAUAUUGUUAGACUCUGAUUACAAUGCAAAACUAUCUGAUUUUGGGUUAGCAAAGGAUGGUCCUGAAGGAGAUGACACCCACGUUUCAACUCGUGUUAUGGGAACCCAAGGCUAUGCUGCCCCGGAAUAUGUCAUGACAGGUCACUUGACAGCAAUGAGUGACGUGUACAGCUUUGGGGUAGUAUUGUUAGAGCUUCUAACAGGAAGAAGAUCAGUGGACAAGAGUAAGGUACCAAGGGAACAAAACCUUGUGGAAUGGGCAAGGCCAAUGCUCAAUGACCCAAGAAAACUCGGAAGGAUAAUGGACCCUAAACUUGAAGGGCAGUACUCUGAAAUGGGAUCAAGAAAGGCUGCAGCAUUGGCCUACCAAUGCCUUAGCCAUAGGCCCAGGAACAGGCCCACUAUGAGUGCUGUUGUUAAGGUUCUUGAUCCCCUUCAGGACUUUGAUGAUAUUCCAAUUGGGCCCUUUGUGUAUACCGUUCCUAAUGAAAGUAAUAAUAAUAAUAAUAAUAGUGGUGUUGAAUCUUCUUUUUCUCCUUCUCCUUCUCCUAACAAGGAGAAGAAAAGUGGACAUCAUCAUCAUCAUCGUCAUAGGCGACCACAUCCGCUUGCUAAAUCACCUAAGUCACCAAGGCCACAUUCACAUUUAAAUUCAGAGAAUGAGAGACACCACACGAAUAGAAGAUCAUCAUCAAGUGAAUCAGAUUCUCCACCUUCGCAUACAUAGUUAGUAUUUACCAUGCGUGGCAUAUAAUAUAAAUAUCUUUAUUGUACAUGUAUAUAGAUAUUUUUCUCGCAACCAUGUUUUUUUAUUUAAUUUUGAAUAUACCGUGCGUGCCAACUGCUACCCUAACUGGCCAAGUGUAAUGAGCAAGAGAGAAAAAGAGCAUGCAAAUGUGUAAUAGUCAUUGCAAGGAAAACAUGUUUGAGUUUUUUUAA